AUGUCGCAAGUCCAAGUCAAAACCCAGGUUGCAAAAGUGCUCAGUAAAAGCACCCCAGGGCUGCAGAUAUGGAGAGUGGAGAAAAUGGAGAUGGUGCCUGUACCUGCAAAACUGUAUGGACACUUUUUUGAAGGGGACAGCUAUGUCAUUUUAUACACUCACAGAACAGGCAGCACCUUCACCUAUGACAUUCACUGCUGGAUGGGCAGACUCAGCUCUCAGGAUGAACAGGUGGCAGCUGCUACGUACACCACCCUGAUGGACGAGCACCUGGGAGGCCGGGCGGUACUGCAUCGCGAAACACAGGGCCACGAAAGCGACACUUUCCACGGAUACUUCAAACAGGGCUUAAUCUACAAGAGGGGAGAAGCAGCGUUGGCUAUGAGGCAAGCAGAGAUCAACGGCUUCAACACUAGGAGGCUGCUGCAUGUCAAAGGAAGGAAGCAUGUGGUCGCUGUAGAGGUGGACAUGAGCUGGAACAGUUUCAACAAGGGUGACGUCUUCCUACUGGAGCUGGGUGGCCUGAUUAUUCAGUGGAACGGGCCCAAGAGUAACCGCAUGGAGAGGCUCAAGGGGAUGACUCUGGCGAAGGACAUUCGGGACCGGGAGAGAGGGGGGCGUGCGCAGCUGACCGUGGUGGAGGGGGAGGACGAGAGAUCCUCAGAAGAGGCAAUGAAGCUCAUGAGGCAGGCGCUUGGUGAAAGGAGGGACCUCAGAGACCCCAUCCCUGACCAGGGGGUCGACCAGAUAUCUAAAUCCCCUGUCAAGCUCUUUCAAAUUUCGGAUACCCAGGGCAACCUGGUGAUGCAUGAGGUGGCAGUGAAGCCUCUGACGCAGGACCUGCUCAGCUCCAAGGAGUACUACCUGUUGGACCAGGGGGGAGUGCGGAUCUUUGUAUGGAAAGGAAAGAAGGCUUCCAAAACAGAGAGAUUCCAGUCACUGGAAAAAGCAGAGCUGUUCAAAAAGGCGAAGGGCUACCCCCCCUCCACCUACGUGCAGAUGGUGAACGAGGGCUUUGAGUCGUCCGCGUUCCGCCAGCUGUUCCAGAGGUGGAGCAUUAGGAGCCAGAUGCCGGGGCUGGGAACGGCACACAGCCCAGGAAAGAUCGCUAAGGUGGAGCAAAUCAGGUAUGAUGUCACCUCAAUGCACGCACGACCGGACCUGGCAGCCCAGCAGAAGAUGGUGGAUGAUGGGAGCGGAGAGGCACAGGUGUGGAGGAUCGAGGACAAUGAGAUUGUUCCUGUUGACAGGAAAUGGCUGGGUCACUUCUUUGGUGGCGAUUGCUAUCUCAUCCUGUACCGGUAUGAGGUCAAUGGAAAGUUUCACCACAUGCUGUACAUCUGGCAGGGUCGGCACGCUAGCACUGUAGAGCUGAACGCCUGCGACCACCAAGCCGGCAUCCUGGACCAGCGCUACAGCGGGCUGGUGCAGGUGCGGGUGACCAUGGGCAAGGAGCCCACACACCUCCUGGCCAUCUUCAAGGGGAGGAUGGUCAUCUAUGAGAAUGGCAGUACCCGUGCAGGUACCAGGCAGCGCCAGCCGGCUGUCAGACUCUUCCACGUCUGUGGCACCAACGAGCUCAACACUUGCGCCAUCGAGGUGCCAGCGCGGUCCUCCUGCCUCAACUCCUGCGACGUGUUCGUGCUGAAGACCGAGACCUGCUGCUACCUGUGGUACGGGAAGGGCUGCAGUGGGGAUGAGAGAGAGAUGGGCAAAUCUCUGGCUGAUAUCAUCUCUAAGAAAGAGAAGCAUGUGAUCGCAGAGGGCCAGGAACCUGCCGACUUCUGGGUGAAUCUGGGAGGAAAGUCUCAAUACUCCAGCAGCAAGAGGCUGCAGGAGGAAAACCUCAACAUCAUUCCCCGUCUCUUCGAGUGCUCCAAUCAGAGCGGUCGCUUCCUCACCACAGAGGUAACAAACUUCUCUCAGGAUGACCUGGAUGAAGGUGACAUCAUGCUGUUGGACAUCUGGGACCAGGUGUUCCUCUGGAUAGGAAGGGGAGCUGAAUACGGAGGGAGGAAGGAAUGGGUCACCAUGGUGCAGGAGUACCUGCGCACCCACCCCGGGACUCGCGACGUGAACACCCCCAUCAUCAUGAUCAAACAGGGCUUUGAGCCACCCACCUUCACUGGAUGGUUCCCUGCCUGGGACCUCCACUUCUGGACUGUUGGGAAAUCCUACGAGCAGCUGAAGGCAGAGCUGGGAGACGCCACAGACAUCAUCAGGAUCACCAUGGACAUGCUGAAGCCGAGCUCCACGCGGGACUCCAUGGGCAUGAUGCCCUCAGCUCUGCCCACCUUCCCUCGAGACAAGCUGGUGAACCGUCUGAGGGAGGAGCUGCCCGAGGGUGUGGACCCCAGCAGGAGGGAGGAGUAUCUCUCCAAUGAAGACUUUGCUCUGGUUUUGGGUGUUGCCCGCCUUGACUUCUACUCCAUGCCUCUGUGGAAACAGAAGAAUUUGAAGAAAGAAAAAGGCCUGUUUUAG